CUGCUGCGCGCUUCUUGACGCUCAAUACUUAUACACAUAUAGCAAUACGCCUGUAUGCACUCCUCCUCAAGAGCCGUGGCUUAGGCGCAGGUUGUUGGCGGCGUGGGGGUCCCCGUGGCUUGGUUCCUAACGACACCAUCUCAUUUGAGCGCGUUGCAUACUCAGUAAUUGCAUUACAGCGAAAGCGUGAGUCACUUGAGCCCACCUGAAGCCUAAGCGGCAGACCAUGAGCGCGUUCAGCACCUCUCCUCAGAAUGGCGAGGGCACUGACGCUCCUCAGCUAGCUGCCUACAACCAAGCAGCAGGCUUGAUAUCAUCCCUGGCGGACACCACGCAUCAGCCGCAUAACUUUUCGCCCUCGCUCGAACUGCUCACUCAGAGCGGCCUGCAGAGCCUCGCCGGGCAGCCGCAACAGCCAUCGCAACAAUCGGUACACGGAGCAGGAGCUGGACUGUCUUUCGGAGGCCUCGGAGCAGGGCUCCGGAGCGGUCCGUUCGGAGAGCGAAAAAUGGAGCCUGCACCCGGGCAAAAACAGCUCUGCACUUUCUUCCUUCGCACGGGGACGUGUGCGUAUGGAGAUCGCUGCAAGUUUUCGCACCCCGUGGACCGCCCGCCGCCCCAGCUCAACUCCAGAGGCUACCCCGUGCGCGCUGAGGAGCCCGACUGCGCGCACUACCUGAAGAAGGGGUGGUGUGCUUUCGGGCCGACGUGCAAGUACAACCACCCGGAGAUAGUGGGCGGCCUGAGCUCCUACGGCCUGGGCCAGCCACCCACCGCCUACGUCAGCCUGCCAACCACCACCUUCCCCUCCGCCGCCGUCUACUCGGUGCCCUCCGCCGUGCCCACGCUCUACUACCUGCCGCCCGGCAUGGGUCCCAACCAGCUGGCCGGCAGCACCGUCAGCCUGCUGCCCUCCGCCGUGGGCGCCAUGGCGGCGGCGCAGCCCAACCAGCUUGCCUUCACGCAGCAGGGAGCGCUGGGCGGUGGCACGCAGGCCACCAUGUACCGCCAGCCCGCUGCUGCCAGCCCGUACGUAGGCAUGGGCGGCAUGGGAGGUGGCAUGGGAGGCGGCAUGGGAGGCGGCAUGGGUGGCGGCAUGGGUGGUGGCAUGGGUGGCGGCAUGGGUGGUGGCAUGGGCGGCGGAAUGGGUGGCGGAAUGGGUGGCGGAAUGGGUGGCGGAAUGGGCGGCAUGGGUGGAAUGGGCGGCAUGGGCGGUGGCGGCGGCAUGGGCGCGACCAGCGUUUCAGCGCUGCACGAGGCAUUCCAGGGACUGGCGCUGGGCCGCUCGGGGGGUGGCCUCGGCGGCCGCAAGUAAUGCGGCAGCUGGCUAGCCAGCCCGGCGGCGGCUGCGUGCUGCUGGUGCGAGUCCAGCCAGCACGUAGAAGCGCUCGCGGAUUGAUCGGCACGCGACUGCAGGUGGAGCGGGAGGCAGCGGCCGCCCGGCUGCAGCAGCAGGAGAGCAGCAGCAGCUGCUGCUGCUGCUGCUGCUGGUGUGGCGCUGGUUUACUUCUGGCAGUGUCGACGUCAAACCGCUGCUGCAUCCCAGCGUGGUCGAUGGCAAUCGACCACCGCAGCAGUCGUGGACACGCACGGCGGACCGGCAGCCCCGCUGGUCAUCUAUCAGCCGUAGCGGCAGCGCCACCGGCGGCAAUUCGACGUCAUAGCAGCAGUAGCCGACACCACGGGCUAGCUAGCACGCGCGUGCUCACCGCAACUUUCGUCACUGCUUAAAUGUCAUGCGCGCGUGGGCUGCUGGCGACGGUGGGUCGUCUCGCGCAGGCGGACGCUAACAACGCACGCAUGUGUGCGGGUGUAUGGCCCGUGCGUGACGAGUGAGCGAGCGAGCGGCCGCCGCAGCGCUGCAGCAGCAGCAGUAGUGCACGCAUCUGCCGAGGCCGCCUCUGAUGCAGAACGAAGGCAACUGAACAGAGCUGGACCACACGCAUGAGGAUGUUCUUUCAUCGGCCUGUCAGCCGGCAGGCUAAUGAGCUGCGCGUGACGUAGCAGCAGCAGCAGCAGCAUGAUACGUCUGGAAUAGUCCAGAUCCAUUUUUGCUGACGGGUCGUGGUGCGUGGUUGGGUGGGAGAGAAUCGAGUGAACGUGCAUUAUUUGCUUGUUUCUUGGGGAGCACGUGAGUUAUGGAUGGCCAUCCGCUGGUGAGAUGUACGCUCGGCGGCGACGCUGCUGGCCGCCGGCGACGCAUGCUUUUGGGAUGUGUGGAGAUAGAUGGGACAACAAUUUAUUUCAUGUGACUUUGGGCGAGGUCGAUGCGAGGGGUGAGGGCGGUAGGUUGUCGUUACCUGCAGUCUUCCAGACACUGUGCCCUGAUUGUCAUCAGCAGUCGGGGCAGCUGCAUGCAGCAGCGGAUUGCAUGGCAGUGCCACGUGCGCCAUUACCGCUUGGCGGCAUGGAGGCAGCGAUUUGCUAUGAAUGGCGUGCAGUUGCAGGUAGCGAGCGAGCCGCCCCAAGCUGACUCAUAACUGAUUGAGUGCCGGAUGGGCGCAUCGUACAUGCGCUUGAUUGCCUCUAUGCCCUGCCUGCUAUCUAGCUACGCACUGGCUGCUGUUGUGCGCAUACCCAUGCCACACUGCUAGCUGCUGGCCCACAGGCGGUGUUCACUGGAUUUGUCAACGGCUGUGCAAGAAAGCAAUGGCAGGUCGUUAGGCCACGCUGUCUUUGUAUGCGGAAAUGCCUGCGCGGCCAUUCCUCAGAUUGAUGAGUACUUCUAUGCUCCCUGUUUGCGACCAUGAGACAUGUAUGCCAUGCACGAAACGUGUGUCCCACUCG